AGAAAGAGAAGGGGGAAGGGCAAAACGCAAGUCGUAUAUACUUUGAUUUAAUUGAGUUUAAUUUAAUUUCACUCGCAACAAAAGUGGCUUUGAAAAGUUUUCUCUUUCUCGCUCUUAUAUUUGAGUGCAUGGCAAUUUGGGGGUUUUCUUUGGAAUUAGGGCACACACACGCACCCGCUUUUGAUUGAUUGAUCCAGACCAGGGAAGAAGAUGUAAUCCUAGCGAGAUUGAUAAGUGGUAAGUGAAAGUGUGUGUAGUGUAGUGUAUCGUAUUGUAUUCUAGGGUUCUUUUGGCAUGAAAGGUGCGUUGGAUCGGACCAAGGUGGUUCUGCGCCACUUGCCGCCUUCUAUUUCCGAGGCCGCCCUUUUGGCCCAAAUUGAUGCCGUCUUCGCUGGCUGUUACAACUGGCUCUCUUUCCGUCCUGGCAAAAUCAGCCAGAAGCAUACAUCAUAUUCCAGAGCUUACAUUGACUUCAAGAGGCCAGAGGACGUUAUAGUGUUUGCCGAGUUCUUUGAUGGACACGUCUUUGUCAAUGAAAAGGGAACUCAGUUCAAAGUCAUUGUAGAAUAUGCUCCUUCCCAACGUGUUCCAAGACAGUGGUCUAAAAAGGAUGGUCGCGAUGGAACCAUAUAUAAAGAAUCUUUUCCUUUUGAUAAAUACAAGCAUUUACAUGAUGAACAUCUAGAUUCUGAGUAUCUGGAGUUUCUUGAACUACUUGCCAAGCCUGUUGAGAAUCUUCCCAGUGCUGAGAUACAGUUGGAGAAGAGGGAAGCUGAACGAUCUGGUGGCGCAAAAGAUAUUCCUAUAAUUACUCCACUGAUGGACUUUGUGCGCCAGAAAAGAGCUGCCAAGGGACCUCGGAGGUUGUUGUCUAAUGGAAAAGUGAGUAGAAGAGCUGGAACUUCAUCAAAUGGGAGUCCUAGUUCUGCCACACCAAGACGUGGUUCUGGAAAGAAGAGGGUUUCUGCUACAAUGUAUGUUGCAAGGGACCCAGGGAAAAGUUCUACUAUCAAAGACAAAUCAACUUAUACUUUGGUUCCUAGGCAAGGUGAUCAGCAUCUUUCAAAUAAAGCUUCAAACAUGGCUUCUUCUGAUGGAAAUCAAAGUUUUGAUGAGAAUGCCAUUUUAUCAGGAGUUUCUGGAAAUAAUGAUGCUGGGAAGAAGAAAGUACUGCUUCUAAAAGGGAAAGAAAGAGAAAUAAUUACUGUAUCUGAUUUAGAUAGCAUGUCGCAGCAUCACAAUGUAACAUCUUCAGCUAAGACGAUUAUUAGUUCAACAGUUUUGAAGCAGAAUCAGCGGCAUGAAGGUAGUGGAAGGAUUAUCAGAAGCAUACUCUCAAAAAAGGAAUUGCGUCAAAGCCAGUCUUCCAGGGCCAUGUCUGAGCAGCAAGUCCAAACAUCUAAUAUAGAAAAAGAAAAGCAACCCCCUCGUCCCUUACAUGUGCAACUGAUUUUGAAGGGCACUAAUGGGACACUAGAGAAUAAGAUUGGUGUGCAUGAUUCCCAUGUUUCUGUUGAGAGGCAGGAGAGACAUCUUAGACAUAAAGAUAGACCUGACCGUGGUGUUUGGACAAGUCGAUCCAAUGGAGGUGAUGAAUCUUUCUCAUCUGCUGCUUCCUCACGAGUAGAUUCUUUGGAAGGAGGUCAUGCAGAUUUGAAACAUGACAUGCCAAAUGCAAGAAGUGGGGAGGUAAAAUCUCUUGGAAGUGUCCGUACCAGUCAUUCAUCAGAAAAUGGUUUUAAUAAGCAUUUUGGUCGCCGUGGAGCAACACAUGGGGUAAAAGAUGUUGAUGGCUAUUCAGUUUCAAGUGAAGGGAAGCAACCUAGAAGAUCUGGUACCUCUGCUUAUGGUUCCAAUGAGAAACAAGUUUGGGUUCAAAAAGCAAGUUCUGGCACCUAGAGUAUUUCGAUUGGUUGAUGAUUUUCCCUUGCAGUGGUAAGGCUGCUGACUUACAGUUUUGGAGCAUCUAUUUGCUAGCUGCUGGAUUCUGUCUCUUUUUGGUUGACAGAUUCUUACAAGUAAAUGAGUUGUGUGGUUAAAAAAAAAUUCUUUUACAAUACAACAGAGGAAACUACCAUGAUGCAUUUGAUUUGUCUUAAAGUAUUCAGAACUUCAUUGAAGAUGGCUCCUAGUAAAAAGUGGUAUUACAAUUGCCUGGUGUCCCAGUUACGAGUUGUUGCCUGUUUGAAGAAUUAUGGAUAGUUUUGCAUACCUUGGCAAGUUGACCUAGUAUGAGCAUAGUCUGGGUUUAUACACAAGUUAAUUUUGAGUGGUUUAGUGUAAAUAUAAAUCCAGGGUAUUGUGUAUCUGUUUCCUUAAUUCCUAUAUACAAUCCCCUAUUCGAGGUAUUGUGUAUGUUUCCUUAGUUCCUAUAUCGAUUAGCUGUCUGCCAAAUCCCAGUGGGCGCUUGGAAUGAUCUUGGAAAAUUUUUGGACAAUCUUUUUCUCUCUACUUGGAAUCAGCACUCAAUGGAUGGCGUUUCACGUUCGUGGCCUUUUGUUGACAAUGGAGUUUCUUGUAGAGCUCAGACACCUAAAUACCAUAGUGUGUUACUAAGGAUAAAUAAGGGUCUUGCGGGAGUUAUUACUGUGUGGAUAUUGAUUUACUUCUAAAAUAUCAUUGUACAGUUUGGUGUUGCAUUUCUCAGCAUAACGUAGCUGUUACAUUGCUGGUUCUUGAUUAUAUUGUCAAUUUUGUGAAUUGCUGCUUUCAGCCCAGGUGUUAAAUUUAUAAUUUAAGUUAUGCUGCUGAUUAAGUUUA